CUUCUCGCCGCGCACCAGAUUACAGUAUGAUAUAGCAGCUGCUGCAACAACACACAACACUACUUUCGAACUCUGUUCGAGCUCGGAUCCGGGAGUCGCAGAGGAUUUAUACUACCCACCCGAAGACGACAAUACCCACAAGCCCCCGAGCUGUUGUCGGCCCCAAGCAUGCCUUAGCUGUGGCUGCUGGUGUCUCUGCCCAGUGGUACCUAGGCAAUGCGAGCCCGGGUUCCCACUCCCAGGCCCUUGCGCCGAGCAAAUGCCUCAUUUUUUCUUUCUGACCUGCAGACCUCCCCAUCCAGCCAAUCAGCGCAAACACAAUUACUCUGGCCAUUCAGAGGCUUGUUGUUCCCCGUGAUGGAACAUCCUACGAUAUUCGAUAUUCCGUAAGGCCGUGGCCAUUAUGUGCACUGCAUGUGCGCUGGUGGAGGACAACUCAAUGAAGCUGUUUCACUGACAACCUUGGAACCUACUGCACGAUGAUCCUUUUCUUGUAGCCACCGGCCGAACCUCACCGCCAGCUGGCCGGUGGCGCCCUCUCACGUGCUUUGCAUUCCUGCUGGCCAGAGUCAAACGCGGCGCAAUUUGGUAGCUACGAAAUACCUUCUGUCUGACAAGACCUGUCGCAUGUGGCGCUCCAGGCCAGACGCAGUUCCUGUUGCGAAGCGGGCGUCAGACAUGCCAUUGACUGCCAGCCUAGGACUAAUGGUCAAUUGUGAUUCGCCCAUGCACUCUCAGCAUUGAUUGGGCCUGGGCAUCCGGAGUGCCAGUGCGAGAAAGCCGGUUGCAGCCGCGGCAAACGGGGAUCGAGGAACUUUCAAACUCGAACCCGCGGAAACUCGGCCCACAUCCAGCAGCAGAGAUUCUGUAGUAACCGCAGUUGUCGUAGUUCCAGCACUACCACCAUAGCACAGAUCAAACUGUCCCACAACCCCUGCGCCUGAAGCCUUGCAGCCGUCAGCCCGCUUCUUCCCUGAAAUUUUUCGUCAGAUAAGAUCCAGAUCGGGAUCAUACAGAUCAUACCCGAAGACGACUUUCAGAGGCACUAUGGGCAGUAUCAGACGCAUCAAGACGAAAAGGCGGACUCGUGACCUAGACCAAGUCAAGGCUGACCUAAAGUCCCCAAAGCAUUUGUCUCAACACCAAAGGACGAAAGCCGCUGAGGAUUUGCCUGGACUGGGCGCCUUCUAUUGCAUCGAAUGCGCAAAAUACUUCUCCGACAGCCAUAACUUGAACGAGCAUCGAAGGGGCAAGAUACACAAGAGACGCAUCCGGAUGCUCAAGGAAGAGGCGCACUCUCAAAAACUCGCUGAUGCAGCCGUGGGCUUGGGAACAGAUAAUGGUCGUCCGGACCGAAGCAACGAAGCCAUGGAGGAUGACUGAACUAGAUGUCGGCUUUCCCUGAUUUCCCAUUCAUCUGGGGCGCAAUUGCUGCCACCACAGCCGCCAUGUUCCGUCAAUUCGACCACAGAAGAAAACCAAGCAUUCCAGCAGCUCCGCCCAUGAACACUACAAAGCGGCGCUCUGAUCCAACCUUAUUUGAAUUGGAGGCUCCUGAGUGUCUUCGCGGUCUGCGGCCUCGAGCUCGUCAUUGAGGACUGGCGAAGAACACCAUGAUCCUUUCAUAGACGUACCACUGAUACCUGUCAGCCAUUGCGUUUUGUGAGCAAAGGGUUUUCGACCUACUUGGACAGCGUUCACUAUGAAGGCACGAAGACUACAGACGCCUAGACCGCGGUAAAAGCCAUGGAGGCCGGAGGUAUGCCAUAUCUCCCGCGCCACGCCCAGCGACGUCUGGUCAUAACGCGACGGCGGAGUGGCGCCUGGAAGGAGCCUCUGGCUUUCAAGGCGCAGCGAUGGUUGGGUCUGUAGGCGGGUUUUGACCACGUCCAAUGGGUAGACGGAUACCCAAGUGACAAUGCCUGCAAUCCCUCCGCUGAUCAGAACCUCUGCAGCGGACGGCGAAGCAAAAGGAUCUGGCUGCCUUGACAGAAGCAGCCUCUUGCUCAGUUCAUAAGACCAGAAAUACCAUCCAUAUCCAAAAGCAUCGCGAAUACAUGUAAUCGCGCCGCCGUAGUAGAGUCCUCGAAUGCCACCUUGUUUCCAGAUGUCCUUGAACACCGCGUAUGAAGAACGAUGACCAUCGACAACAAGCUGAGUUCUGCAUUUGAUAAGUUCGGAUGGAGCAGAUACAACAAACGUAGCCACCCCUCCAAUUGCCCCCGCCACCCAUAUCUUGCCGAGAUCCACGCCGGCCAAUUUUGUGUAGUCGAAAAUGCUAGGAUCCAUAAG